AUGUGGCCCCGCCUGUGCCCCCGUGGGGGCUGGAGACCGAUCAGUACCGCGGACGCCUUUGGCUACCCUCCGGAUAUCAAACCUCGGAGGGUGGUCGUCACCGGGCUGGGCCUCGUGACGCCUCUGGGCGUGGGCGUGGCCCGAUCCUGGAGGCGAUUGGUGCGCGGGGAGACGGCCGUCAGGAGGCUAAGGGAGGCAGAUCUGCCGGAGACGCAUCGAAGCCAUUUGCGGCGUAUACCCUGUCAGGUUGCUGCCUGCGUUCCGAAAGAGGAACUGGAGACCUGUGAGUGGGCACCCAAGAAGGAGUCACGGCAAACGGCUGCCUUCAUGCACUAUGCUAUGGUGGCUGCAGCAGAGGCACUUGCAGAUGCAACGUGGAUUCCACAGACCAGCCAACACCGCAUGUCCACUGGUGUAGCUGUGGGCUCAGGGAUGAGCUGCACUGAGGACAUGGCAAAUGCGGGAAUGUUGAUGAGUGCUGACAGCCUUCGUCGCCUGGGGCCAUUCUUUGUUCCAAGGGUGCUGCCAAACAUGGCAGCUGGAUGCAUUGGUGUGAGGUAUGGCCUCCACGGGCCUAACCUUGCUCCCAGCACAGCGUGUGCUGCAGGAUCACAUGCGAUAGGCGAUGCUUUCCACAUGAUCCAGAAAGGAGCAGCCAAAGUCAUGGUGGCUGGCGGAUCAGAGGCCUGCAUCGAUGCUGUGACAUUAAUGGGAUUUUGUCGACUCAGAGCAUUGGCAACAAAGUACAAUGACAAUCCCCUCAAGGCAUCUCGUCCUUUUGAUAAAGAACGUGAUGGGUUCGUCGUUGGUGAAGGGGCUGGCAUUGUGGUGCUAGAAGAGCUUGAACAUGCUCAAAAUAGGGGAGCGCGUGCUUAUGCAGAAAUUCGCGGAUAUGGUGUCUCUGGAGAUGGGCACCACAUCACUCAGCCACAUCCCACUGGCCUUGGGGCAUCCCUAGCGAUCAUGGGUGCCCUUCGUAACUCUGGCGUGAAUCCUGAAGAUGUUGCAUACCUCAAUGCUCAUGCUACAUCCACACCUCUGGGGGAUGACAUCGAGCAAAGAGCCAUUGCCAGUGCUUUUGGAGACUGGGCAACAAAGGAGCCCCUUCCUAGUAGCAGUGCAGGGCAACAGCACGGGAAGAGAUCUCAUCCAGGAUUGCUUGUGUCUUCCACAAAAGGCGCAACAGGACAUUUGCUGGGUGCAUCUGGCGCAGUUGAGCUGGUGUUCACAGUUCUCUCUCUAACACACAGAGUUGCCCCGGCAACUGUGAAUUUGACAAACCCUGAGCCAUGCCUAUUGGCUGGGCUGAUUUGUCAGAACUCGCCCAAGCUUAAGUCUUCGUUGCCACAGCAUCCAUUUGCCGCUAUGAGUAAUUCGUUUGGAUUUGGUGGCACUAAUUCAGCACUGCUGCUCACGACUCCCCCAUUCUAG